AUGAGCGUACCUGAGUGGGCAAGAAGUGAGCAUUCCAUUGAGGAGGCUAAGGAAUAUUUGCGGACGGGAAAUUCAGUGGACUUCUUCGAGUUAGUUUCGAGCCACAUCCUCCGAGAACACCCCCUGGAUGUUGCGGCCUUUGCCCUGGAUCUAGUAGAACGUAUUUCAAAGUUAGGGAACACUCUUUCAGCCCGCGAUUAUCACCCUAAGAGGGUAGAGGAUAAUAAGUACCUGCAGGAAAAGAAUGUGUGCGAAUUCCUUAACGAGUGGAUAUUGGCCCUUUUGAAAGAGCGCCCAGACACGGACGAGGCUCGUAUGAGCUUCCAUAAGCGCUACCUGAAGUCACUGGUAGAUGGUGGCGGUUGUUCCCAAUGUACUUCGGUCAACUGA